GCAAAGUCCAUCCAUCUUACAAGGCAGUGCCUACAUACCGUUCCAAGUCUGGAGCAUUGUGGGUUAGGGUGGUCAACGCUAGUACCACAUCGGCCCAGCGGUGACUUUCAAGGAAGGCAUCGACCCAUUCAACCUUCGAGGUUCGUUCCCCGCCAUGACAGAGAACGAGCCAGAGCGAGAACAAGAACGUCAGUCGAAACGAGAAGUUGUAGGCUCUUUUUUCAAGGAUCAAGCAUUGAAGGGCAAACUUCUCAUUCAGCAAUCCCUCGGGCUGGGCGCUCAACCAAAUGUCAUUCCUCCAAGUGAAGCCUCUGUGAGCGGGGAUCUGCGCGUGGUUCAAAUAGGAUGGCAUCCUGUUGCAGGGUUGGGCGGCAAAUGGUUCGCCGAGCAGACGGGACUAGGCAAGAUGAUCACCAAGAAGAUUAAUCACUACCCUGACCCCACUCAACACUGGGCAGUUCUGGUAGAAGACUACGUCCACCAGUUAUGGAUGGACGAACAUUUGGACAUCAUUUACAUAAAUGAAAGGCUGAAACCAGCGGAGUGGCACACCUUCGUUGUCGGCAAGACAAGGUUCAACGACGAAGCGCUAAGACAAGCAAGUGAGAUGACGAUACACCAGAUGCGUACGAAGCGACCAGCCUACAAUCUCAUAAGCAACAACUGCCAGAAUUUCGCGCUGGAGCUGCUCAAUGCCAUUCAGAUUGGUGCACAUCGCCAGUUUGCGAGCGCCUUCGCCAUCUACCAGAGAGCGACAGGCAAAGGCUCCAUCGAGGACUUGUUCGUCGACAAACACCCCGAGGAGCAGCAGCAGAAUGAAGUGGAAGAACAAGAGACUGAUGACUUGAAUCGGCCACCGAGACUGCAGCAUACUAGCGCCAUGCAGACCGCGCAGCAGGUUAUGGACGAGCAGACGACGAAGUUGGACCGACAUCAUCACAGCUCUCCUGAUUGACAGAUAGAUACGGUUGUUCUUUGCUUGUGGAGUGUCAAGCUUGGCCAAUGCCCAAUGCAACAACACCUGUGACAUCUCAAAUUGGGAUUGUAGGAGAUUUUGCUUCACCUAGUUUUCCGACCGAGCGCGACGAAUUGAGUACAGCUACUCCUGAUGCUCCAUGGUGCCGCGCGCCUUUGUAACUUCGAAUCGGAACUCUUUGCCUCAAUCAUGGUAAACCGCCUUGUCGCACUACCCAGCAUUGUCCAUCUUCUUCUGGAAAUCCAAGAGCGGCGACACAGAUACAUCAUAAUCGCCAAGAAUGCAUCAUCACUUUCGGACCGCUACAAUGCAAUGAUUGCAACUCGCUUAUAG